CAGCGCAGGCACAGCUUCAUAUUGCACUGGAGAGGCAGAUGACUCUACACUUCCCUGCUACACCGGUCCAGUAGCUGACCAGCUUUGCUAGUCCUCAGGGAGCACGUUUGUGGAAACGAACAGCCAUCACCAUGCCUAAAGUCAAUAUGCCAGGUCAAAAGACCGAUGAGCAUAUGCUUGCCUUUGCGGAGAAAGUCUUUGCAUCGGAGACCAAAGGUGAGGGCGUCCGUGAUGAGAUCUCCAUGUUUGAAGUUCAAGAUGACUGUCCCAUCCUCCAACAGGAAAUGGCCCACCAUCUGCACACCAAUGAAGAUACUGACAAACGUAAGAAGAGACAGCAGAAGUGUCGCACCAUCACUUUACCUUCGUCAAUGAGUGACCAGGACAGGAAGGUGCUGCCCCCUGUGGUGGAUGUGUUGUUGGACAUACCAACCUACCUAGAAGUGCCCGACUUCCAGAGAGUGGCCAUCAUUGGAGACUAUGCCUCUGGGGUGACCAUGGACGACUUUGAGCUGUCCUGUAAGGGCAUGUACCGUGCUCUAACCAUCAGAGAGAAGUACAUGAGGCUGGCCUACCAGCGCUUCCCCCUCACCUCAUCCCAGUACCUGAGGGAAAUUGAGGGAGAGCCCUUUAAGCCUGAACACACAGUGCAACCAGUCUUCACAUCACCACCCAAGAUGGGCGAAGACCCCUUCAACACCAAGUGCUUGCCUGAGAACCUGAGCUGGGUAGCCCGUAUGAAGGACGGUGUCAUUUAUACAUACAAAGACGCGGCAGCGGCCGACCAACACAAACCCAUCGAGAACAUGCCUGCCCCUGACUACAUCACCUUCAUCGACGACAUGAACUUCCUCAUCGCUCUGAUUGCACAGGGCCCAACUAAGACGUACACUCACCGUCGUCUGAAGUUCCUCACGUCCAAGUUCAAUGUGCAUGAGAUGCUGAACGAGAUGGAGGAGAUGAAGGAGCUGAAGCUGAACCCCCACAGGGACUUCUACAACUGCAGGAAGGUCGACACCCACAUCCAUGCUGCUGCCUGCAUGAACCAGAAGCACCUCCUGCGCUUCAUCAAGAAGUCUUACCAGAUGGACGCUGACCGUGUCGUGCAAAACAUCAAGGGCAAAGAUGUGACCAUGAAGGAGCUGUUCGCCAACCUCAAUCUGCACCCCUAUGACCUCACUGUCGAUUCCCUGGAUGUGCACGCUGGCAGACAAACCUUUCAACGUUUUGACAAGUUCAAUGCUAAGUACAACCCUGUGGGAGCUAGUGAGCUGCGUGACCUGUACAUGAAGACGGAGAACUACAUCGAUGGAGAGUACUUUGCCAGGAUCAUUAAGGAAGUGGCCUCUGAUCUGGAGGAUGCCAGGUACCAAUACGCAGAGCCCCGUCUGUCCAUCUAUGGCUGCAACCCUAAUGAGUGGACCAAGCUCUCAGGCUGGUUCAACAAGCACAGAGUCUUCUCCCCUCAACUCAAGUGGAUGAUUCAAGUGCCCAGGAUCUAUGACAUCUUCAGAGGCAGGAACUUCGUGCCCCACUUUGGAAAGAUGCUGGAGAACAUCUUUCUGCCUGUAUUCCAGGCCACCAUCGAACCCCACGCCAACCCUGAGCUCAGCAUCUUCCUCAAGCAUGUGACAGGUUUCGACAGUGUGGAUGACGAGUCCAAGCACAGUGGUCACAUGUUCUGCACCAAGAGCCCCAAACCAGAGGAGUGGAACAUUGUCAAGAACCCCUCCUACACUUACUACAUCUACUACAUGUAUGCCAACAUCACUAUGAUCAAUCAUCUCCGCAAGGCUAGGGGAAUGAACACCUUCCAGUUCAGGCCCCACUGUGGAGAGGCUGGAGCCGUCACCCAUCUGCUGGCCUCCUUCAUGACAGCUGACAACAUCUCUCACGGCCUCAAUCUCAAGAAGAGCCCUGUGUUGCAGUACCUCUACUUCCUGGCCCAGAUUCCCAUUGCCAUGUCUCCACUCAGCAACAACAGUCUCUUCCUGGAGUAUGCCAAGAGUCCUCUUCUGGAGUUCCUCAAGAAGGGCCUGAUCGUCUCCCUGUCCACGGAUGACCCCAUGCAGUUCCACUACACCAGGGAGCCCCUGAUGGAGGAGUACGCCAUUGCAGCCCAGGUGUUCAAGCUCAGCACCUGUGACAUGUGUGAGAUCUCCAGGAACAGUGUGCUGCAGAGCGGCUUGUCUAAUGAGGAGAAGACUCACUUUCUUGGUUCCGACUAUCUGAAGGAGGGCCCUGAGGGCAAUGACAUACGCAAGACCAAUGUCGCCCAGAUCCGUAUGGCCUAUCGUUACGAGACAUUGUGCUAUGAGCUCAACCUUAUUAAGGAGGGUCUGAAGACUGAGUGAACAAUCUGAUAUGUUAUGUUUUAUGGUGAUGGCCCCUGCUAAAUGUACCGAUUAUUUAAGACAACCUUCUUGUGUACUGGCGUUCCCUCCAUGGUAAACCACAUAAUCUAUUUAUUAGAAUAGGUAUUAGUGUCAUCUGGUGUCUGUGUGCAACUAAUAUCAAUUUAACACAGUUUGCAUAUAGUGAUUGGUCAGUGCUAUCUGGGAUCUUUGGGACUUCCCUACCCUUAACCAUAACCGUUACAAAUUUCAACUUCAAAGGGGUAGGGACAUCACAAGAAUACCAGAUAGCACAGAUCUAUAAUGAUAAUCCUGUUUGUGUCUGUUGUAAUUCCCUAUUUUUAUUUGAUUGGUUUCACUGGCCUUGUACUUGUUUAUGAAUGCGUGAAAACAAUUGCUCUUUCUAGAUGUGUCAUAUUGUGGGGGACACAAUUGCAAGAAUGAUUUGAAAUAAAUAAAUGUUCAAAUAAAUAUCA